AUGUCCAAGAACUUGGAAACCAGCCAAACCAUCAGGGAACCACGAGAAACAAGGGUCAUCUAUGAACAGCUUCUCCCCUUUCCUCUUCUUGUUGUUCUCCUCCCUUGCAGCCGUUUAUUCUUCGAGAACAAUGCUGGCCGCAGUGAUGGGGAAUGGGUCUACUAUGACAAAACAGUUUGCUGUCAAGGGAACAGGCUUAAUAUUCAUCUUGGCCCUCAUUUUAUACCUCACGCAAGUACUCCCAGGACAUCACCACCGCUAUUCCGACCUACCGAAGCAAUUGCUUACAAUUACACCCUCUCCAGCUUCUACAGUUCUUUGUUGGCUCUCCACCCUUCACAGUUUCCCCAGACAAUCCAGUUUACGAGUGCAAUUCCCCCUUCACCUACUCCAGCGGCUUCUGCUGAGCCUCCUCCGCCCUCAGAAUGUUCGCCUCCGCCCUCUCCAUACGACCGAACCAAAGUUGCUUUCCUCGUUGAAACGCGACCCCUCCCGCACCUCCCCGCACUCUUCGCGCAUAUGACCAGCCUCAUCCCACCCGAAUGGACCUUCAGAUUCAUGGGGUCUCCCACUUCAAUCGCUUUCAUGAGGUCCUCACCGAUCAUCUCGCGUCUGGAAGCUUCCGGAAAGCUUACCAUCAUCCCGCUCCCUUCUACAUACUCUGUGUCAAGUCGCGAAUAUAUAAGCCGGAUGUUCACGGACCCCCACCUCUACAGAGAUAUUCUGGCGCCAGCCGAACAUCUGUUGGUCUUCCAACCUGACAGUAUCUUUUGUGCCAACGCACCUGUCACAUUGAACGACUUCUUGGAAUGGGAUUGGAUCGGUGCACCAUGGUCGAAGACGGCUAAAUAUGGCGGGAAUGGGGGGUUGAGUUUGCGGAAAGUGAGUAGGAUAUUGGAAGUGCUAGAGAGGGAAAGGAGGCCUGAGUGGGAUGGCGCAUUGGAGGAUUUGUGGCUCACUGAUAGACUGCAUGGGUUACCGGGGGCCAGAAUACCUAACGCGGCUGUCAGUAAGAAAUUCAGUGUGGAGAGUGUAUGGGAUGAGACGCCGUUGGGUUAUCAUAUUGGGUGGUUGGGCGUUCAUCAUGAGCAGGUGAAGCCCCCGUUUGAGUUUCGCACCUCUGCGAGAUAUGCUGACCCCUUCGGACAGAUCUGGGAUGAUCAAGGCCAGGUAGAUCAUAUCAUGGAAUAUUGUCCAGAGGUGAAAAUGAUUCUCGGAAUGAAGCUAGCGGGCGAUAAGCCUAACGGCGUUGCACUGCAGACCAUUGUUCCCUCCCAGUUCCUACUCUCCGGUGGUUCUGCCGAGUAUCCGUAUCCCACUUACAUCUCUACCAACGAUAGCUCAAUUGGUUCAUACGGUCGUAUCGCGAGAUUUCUGACAUCAGCUUCUUGAGCUAUUGUCAAUCUCGCCCCUCUUCCUCUUUCUGAUGUAUGUUCGUGAUCCAGUCAGGAAGCUGGACAGGACGUAUGGCGGAUUGACUGGGGGUCAACUAUGAUAAUUUGGGGCCGAGGCAUUGUAAUAUGCUUACUAUCACCCGUCAUGAAGACCGGAAACUAGUUAUGCUGCUUCGAUAGAGCUGGGGGAGUGGAAAUUCGAGGGUAGUAAAGCUGUAGCUUGGAGAUUGUACGGAACUGCCAGAUGAUCUGGCAGCGCACAGGAGAACGGGGUCGGCCCGUGAGAAAUUUUGUAUGGUCGCAUACUGCUCACCACU